AAGCUAGGCUACUAUUCAAGUCUGAUAAUGUCAUGUCUUAUGAAAAGAAGUUUUGCAGUCAAAUCUUUGCUGGUCUUGACACUGAUCCGCUUCUUCUGAAACACCACAAGUGCUACUGCUUGCGUCACUGAUUGAUUCUGCUGCAGUUGUUCCAUGGGUUGCUAAUCGUUCUGGUGGCACAUAAACUUUUUCUGCCAUGUUGCUCUUGUUCCUAGUUGUGGCGAUACGGGUUGGGUUCUGUGAUGGGACCACAACGUACCGAGAAAUCUUUCACUGCAUCACCACAGAGGAUUUCCCAAAUUCAGCAAUCGAGGAAUUCAAAACUGAAUCCAAAGUAGAGUGCGCCGCUGUCUGUUCUGCGCAUGUGCAAUGCAAAGCCUUCCGGUUGCUUCCUACAUCCGAUGAUGCGCAGUUCAUGUGCACUCUUCACAGCAGAACACUGUUAUCUCAGACCUGUGAUAAUUAUACCUCUACGGAGCCUGAUUAUAAUGAUAUUAUGUCGCCAUGUGAAAACGGAGGUGUGUACAAUGAGGAAUUCGGCAACUGUUCCUGCUCUGGUGGCUAUGUCGGCUCUCGCUGUGAACGGCUUAUGACAGACUGUGCUGAAGGCAUGGAACUGGGGCACUACGUGGACGAGACGAAGGUGUUCAUGAUCCACCCCAUCGGGUCUCCACGACCCUUCCUCGUCUACUGCGACAUUAGCCGACAAGGAGCCAGGAUGUUCACUAUGCGCCACGGGGGGAUCCUGGACUUUUCCCGACCAUGGGUAGACUACAAAACGGGCUUUGGAAAUCUGUCUGGAGACUUCUGGCUUGGUCUGGAUCAUAUUCACUAUCUGACCAACUCACGACCAGUGAAACUGAUUGUCAGGAUCACCACCCGUAUGCCCAGUGACGCUUAUCCUGUACGUAAACACGGCUACCAUUACUUAACCGUGGGCGACGAAUCGACUGGCUACGUCCUAAAUUUCACAUCCACUUGGGCUCACCCGGGCACCUACAUCCUAGGCGACUGCUUCACACCCAUGAGGGGGAAGAAGUUCAGCACCUAUGACGUCGACAACGACGACGACCCCGUGAAAAAUUGCGCCGCUGUCCACCAGGGGGCGUGGUGGUUCACGGCGUGUGGAGAGUGCAACCCGACCGGACCGAUAAUCAGUGAGACAUCAGGAUAUCUUUCGAACAUCCCAAACGAGGCCUUCUGGCAACCUGGCAUACCAACUUACUCACUCACCAAAGUCGAGAUGUUUUUCAAAGUGAUGUAAUUUUUAAUUUGAAGUUUACACGAUAUAUGGCUAUUCCAUUAUACGAGAGGUCGGUCACAUGAACGUCAAAUUGACUUUCAUACGUGUUUGAACGACAGAAUUUGACGUUUUUCACGAGACUGUAUUCUUGAAAUGAUGUAAACACAGACGCACUAGUUCAACAUUCCUGGCGGAACCCCUCGGAAUUCCUAAACACGAAUACAUACAGAAGCAUUGUUUCUGAUUAUUUAGACCCUUUAAUCUUGCGUUUUAGUAUACAUUGAGAAACGUCAGAGACUUUGACUGCACGAUCGUUCACGAAUAUCCUUGAUACGACCCAUCCUCGUGAAGCAGAGACCAUACAAAAGAUUA